AUAGAAGAAAAAUAUGAACCAAAAGGGCUGGUUCGGUUCGCUUCAGUUGGAUUCUUCGGGUUACCUGUUAUCAGUUGCAAUCGUAAAAUCGGGUUGAGAAUUCGAAAUAGCCCCUCCGGUUUACGAUAUUUACGAUUUCACCGUCUCCUCCUCGCCCUCGAUUGCAGACCAAUAUCAGGAUGCCCGCUUCUCGUUGGUCGGGGACUCCUCGCUUCAAACCCUAAUAAAUCAGAGAGAGAGAGAGAGAGAGAGAGAGAGAGAGAGAGAGAGAGGGAGGGAGAGAGAGAAAGAGAGAGAGAGGGAGAGAGAUGGAUCAUCCUCAUGGUGAAGAGCAAGAACACGAAGUUUACGGAGGAGACAUCCCCGACGAAGCAGAGAUGGAUGCCGACGUUGACAUGUCUAGGGCCGAAGACGACGACUCUAACUCCAAGGACUUGGAGGACAUGAAGAGGCGGCUCAAGGAGAUAGAAGAGGAAGCCGGUGCUCUUCGCGAAAUGCAAGCCAAAGUGGAGAAGGAGAUGGGUGCUGUACAAGAUUCUUCCAGCGCUUCUGCAACUCAAGCUGAAAAGGAGGAGGUGGAUUCACGUUCAAUUUAUGUUGGUAAUGUAGACUAUGCAUGUACCCCUGAGGAAGUCCAGCAGCAUUUCCAAUCCUGUGGAACUGUGAACAGAGUGACAAUUUUGACAGACAAAUUUGGUCAACCAAAAGGAUUUGCUUAUGUUGAGUUUGUUGAAAUUGAGGCUGUUCAGAAUGCUAUCCUGUUAAAUGAAUCUGAAUUGCACGGUCGACAAUUGAAGGUUUCUGCUAAGCGAACUAACAUUCCUGGAAUGAAACAGUAUCGAGGGAGGCGACCUAAUCCAUAUUUAGGUUUUCGAUCUCGAAGGCCCUUCAUGCCCAGCCCCCAAUUUUAUGCUCCAUAUGGUUAUGGAAGGGUUCCAAGGUUCAGGAGGCCCAUGCGAUAUAGACCAUAUUAAUGAUUGGGUGAAGUUGGGAGAAGACAAUUCCUUUUAUAGACUCUUUAUCAUAGUGGCCAUUACCAUUUAUUUCUGUAAUAGAGAGGGAAAGAACUUUGUACCAUUAUUUGCAUGCCAAGUGCCAGCUUUGAUUUUCCGCUUCGCAGGAGUGGGAGAUUUUAUGCCCUCUAUUUGAGUGCAUAUUACUCUUGGAAGAAAAAAAAAGAGGGCAGAUAUCUAGAUGUUGUAGCCAACAUAACUUCGAUGUAUUCAUAGGAUUCUGUCAUAGUUCAGUAAUUUGGUUUCCUAAGUGUUUGAAUUUUUAGAAGUGGCCAAUUUAUUUUUGAUUCUAGCCAUGUGUUUGGGGUUCUGAGAUUUUGGAUUGAAUUUGUAUAAUUUGAAUCUUAAAUUUAAAUUUGUAUGAAAAUUUAGGCAAAAUAAAUCUAUAUAGUUUUUAUCAAA